UCGUACAGUGUAGCCCAGCCGAAGUUGCUCUCGAAUUCUGAAAUUGACGCUUGAAGAACCCUUCAAGCUUUCAACAACAACGUUUUGGAGGGAAAUGGAGUUGCUUAAGUUAUCCAAAUUCAAGCUUCAGCUUCAAUCCCUAGUCACCGAUGUUAAAUAUCUCAGAGAGAGAGAACGCUCGUCCACCGAACAAGUCCAUAUGCUAAUCCAGAAACAGAAGCAAACCGAGGAGGAAUACGGUAGGAAAUUGCAGGAAUUGGAAGAGGUGUUAGCUUCGUCAAACGAACUGUGUCGAAAGCUUGAAAGGAAGGUGAAUUACCUACAAAAUGAUAAUGUGAUGCUUGAAAACAAGCACAUGGAACUGAAGGGGACUAUCCAGAAUCUUUUACAAUCGAGGGAGAGUUUUGUGAAUGUUUACGAGGAGUCUACUUGUGAGAUGAGACGUGCAAUUGAAACCCGGGAUCGACAGCUUGCCAUUCUAUAUGAGAGGAUAAACUCUCAUUUAUCAUUAUUUGACUCAAUAGAAAAGGAGGCAUUUUCUAUCAAGGAAGUUGUUGAUAAUGCACAAUGCCUUGUCACUGAGAAAGAAGAAGUAGUGGCUGGACUAAGGAGCAGAAUGGACGAGAUAUCAGCAUUUGAAAAAACAUUUGUUGAAAAGAUUUGUGACCUGGAAAAUAAACUGAAAAGCAAUGAAGACGAGAUUCGAAGGAAGGAUAAAAUUGUUGCUGAGCUAGAAUUACAGUUAGAGGCGGCAAAAGUCAGCACCACUUUCCAUACUCCAGGAGAAGAGCUGCAGAAAGCUAUAUCAGCAAAGGAUAUGGUCAUACAGAGUUUAAUUUCUGACAAAGAGGCACUACAUUUUCAAGUGGGAAGUUUGGGAGCUACCUUGAAGAAGAUUCAAGACACUGUCGCAAAUAUGAAUGGUGAGGAUAAAAGCUCAGUGUUGGUGCAGCAUUUAGACUUGAACUGCCCAACAGCGCAUGCAGACACGUCAGAAGAUCCAGCGAGAACGAACUCAUCGGCCCAACCUUUUCCCUGGUCGUCGUUUAGUGAUCUAACCAAGAAGUGGAUAUUAUUAGGGCCUUGUGUUAAGUUCGCUGGAGUGAACUGAACUGAAGUGACGGAGAUUUAUUAUUAAGGUGACCCUGGUCAUUUUUUUCAAAACUAAGAAUAUCGCAUCGCAGUCAAUGGAACCAGGUCAAAGUUCAUUCGGCACAUUGUCAAUAGAACCGGCCAACCCGGGAAAAAAUGGUAUUGGAAAUGGAAGACCUGUUCAUAAAUCCAAAAUUUUUUUUGUUUGCGCUCGUAACUUAGAAGAAAGAAUAUGUAUGGG